AUGGCAAUGAUGAAGGAGAUUCUCCGAUCCAGAAAUCUCCUGCUUGUUGUUCUCAUUCCGCUUCUGCUGCUUCCUCUGCCACUAUUAUACCCCAGCAGUGAAGCCUCGUGUGCCUACGUGCUGAUCGUGACGGCUGUAUAUUGGGUCUCUGAAGCGGUACCUCUUGGUGCAGCAGCCUUAGUUCCUGCUUUCCUAUACCCGCUUUUUGGAGUCAUGAAGUCCAGUGAGGUGGCUGCUGAAUAUUUCAAGAACACAACUUUGCUCCUCAUGGGUGUGAUUUGUGUGGCAUCUUCUGUGGAAAAGUGGAAUCUCCACAAGCGAAUUGCCCUGCGCAUGGUCAUGAUGGCCGGAGCAAAGCCAGGCAUGCUGCUUCUUUGCUUUAUGUGUUGCACCACGGUGCUCUCCAUGUGGCUUUCCAACACAUCCACCACAGCCAUGGUGAUGCCAAUCGUGGAGGCAGUGCUCCAGGAGCUAGUGAAUGCUGAGGAGGAGCGCGAGGUCAUCAGUACUGCAGGCAGCACCAUUAUUGAAGAAAACGAGCCAAUAGGUCUCAGCGAAAAGCAUGGCCAAACUUCACUGGAGCUUAUCUUCAUCAAUGAGGAUGCUACUACUACUGACUUCAGCUCCUUGAUGCACUCAAAGAGUAUGAAUGGUGUGCACAUGAUAGCCAACCCUCUUGGAAGAAUGAAUUCUAAGAGCAAUGGGCAGCACCUACCUCAGGCUCAGAUACUGGUCCUGCCUCCUAAGCCCUCAGAACUGGGCCUGAGCACUAAGUACCGGUAUCAGACCAGACAUGACCACAUGGUCUGUAAAUGCCUCUCACUGAGCAUCUCCUAUGCGGCAACCAUUGGAGGACUGACAACCAUCAUUGGCACCUCCACUAGCCUCAUAUUCUUAGAGCACUUCAACAACCACUACCCAAAUGCUGAAGUGGUGAAUUUUGGAACCUGGUUUUUGUUCAGUUUCCCCAUCUCCCUCAUCAUGUUGGUCCUGACUUGGUUCUGGAUGCAUUGGCUGUUCUUGGGUUGCAAUUUUAAAGAGACAUGUUCUGUGAGCAAGAAGAUGAAGACCAAACGGGAAGAAAUGUCAGAGAGAAGAAUUCAAGAAGAAUACAAGAAACUGGGAAACGUUAGCUAUCCUGAGAUGGUGACUGGAUUUUUCUUCAUUCUGAUGACCUUGCUUUGGUUUACUCGUGAGCCUGGCUUUGUACCAGGAUGGUCAUCUUUUUUUGAGAAGAAAGGUUACCGGACUGAUGCCACUGUCUCUGUAUUUCUUGGGUUUCUCCUUUUCCUCAUUCCAGCAAAAAAGCCAUGUUUUGGAAAAAGGGAAAAAGGAGAUGGUGAAAAGUCAACAGACAUUAACACACUGGAUCCCAUCAUUACCUGGAAGGACUUCCAGAAGACCAUGCCCUGGGAGAUUGUAGUGUUGGUCGGAGGAGGUUAUGCCUUAGCAGCUGGAUGCAAGACCUCUGGCCUUUCUACAUGGAUCGGACGCCAAAUGCUCUCCCUGAGCAGCCUUCCCUACUGGGCUGUAACUCUGCUGGCCUGCAUUUUGGUGUCCCUGGUAACAGAGUUUGUUAGUAAUCCAGCAACCAUAACCAUCUUUCUGCCUAUUUUAUGCAGCAUGUCAGAAACUCUGCUUAUCAACCCUUUAUACACCCUGAUUCCUGUCACCAUGUGUAUCUCAUUUGCGGUGAUGCUGCCAGUGGGUAAUCCUCCAAAUGCCAUUGUCUUCAGUUAUGGGCACUGCCAGAUUAAAGAUAUGGUGAAAGCUGGCCUAGGUGUAAACCUGAUUGGCCUGGCUGUUGUCAUGGUGGCAAUCAACACUUGGGGAAUUAGACUCUUCCAGCUGAAUACUUUUCCAGAAUGGGCAGCAGUCGGCAACGUCACUAGCCAAACAUAACCUCCAAUGAAAAAAAAAAAAGAAUAAAAAAGAAAAAAAAAAAAGAAAAAAGUGCAAGACCAAAGCGAGUUGGGACAAAAUAUUAAAUGUACAUUGCACAUACGAAAGACAGGAGAAAACUUGUGUAUACAUAGAACCAGGAUCCAUAGCAAAACCAUGAAGAAAAUCCACAGGGAGGUCUUCUGCGCAAACUUUUCAGUUCUGAAAAUCAGUGUGAGUUAAAAGGCGAGAUUAGCUUUGCUCUAUUGUUGCUUUCCCUGUGACACCAUAACUCUGAAACAGAUCUCUCUUCCAAAUUCUCUGCCUAUGGCUUUUUCAUGCCCUAGAACAAUUACGUAGGACUUGUAAAACAGGGGAUAUAGGACUCCAAUGACAGAAGACAAGUAUACAUACGCUGAUGUACGCAGUAGUAGGAUAUUCGGUCCUAUUAUUGACUCCUACAAUGAAUGAAGGGUGAGUCUUACUCCCAAACCCAGAGUUUUAUAUGCCUAUUUGUUUUAAAGGCAAAUUAUUAUUAUUCUUUUGAGAUGACUCAUCACUGUGUUGGAUAAAAACACUUUCCCACCUAACCCAUAUGGCCUGGACAGAAAUACAGCUGCCAAACACCAGCUACAGCACUUCAAAGGGAUAACAGAAACCACCAAAUGGAUUGGAAGGAGAAGUCUCCUGGGAAGCAGAGUGUUUGUUUUCCACAGCACUAGUAUAAAGUUUCCAAUACUGCAGUACUGGCAAUCUCUGCUUUGGAAGGAAGAGCUUCAGAAACAGAAAGUUUUGUUCAAUACCUUCUUUCCUUAUCAGUGUACUGCAGUGGGAGCUUUUUCGGCAGGGGAAGCUGUGACCAGCAAAACCUUACCAGGCCAACAUGCCCAUUACUGUCCUCUUUCUUUGGCUGCUGUUUAGAUAGUUACACAGUUAUGAUUACCCUGACAGAAAGUACAAUCUCAUCCAAGAUGGCACUCAGCGCUGCUCCAUGAGUAAGAAUGGAGGAGGCUGAGGUGGAGUGGUGCUGGUGUAUCUCCUCAUCGUACGCAUUCACUUUAACAUCACACCCACCUGCUCUCUAGCAGCCCAGGAAACCGUGACAUAGACUGGAUAACUAUCAAACCAAAAGGCCAAUCUCUUUAUCGAAUGCCCUGCUUUUCUGACUGGAUCCCUGUGAUACUCAGUAAACCUUGUCUUGUAUUAUGUCCUGGUUUUAAUCAUUUCUUUAAUGUCAAUGCAUUUAAGAUGUAUAUUAGGAUGAUUGGAUCUCAUGUAAUCACAUUCUUUAUAUAUAUACUUUAAUGAUUUUUUAUGCUUCCCACUUAUAAUCUGAGCUCUCUGAAUGUUAGUAGGAAUGUCUAUUCUGCAAAAAUAAUAUGUCAAUAAAAUAAAUUAUUCACUACUGCAUAUUCUUGUGCUCAGUGAGAAUAUAAAUAGGAUAUAUUUCACCUCGUAACCCACCAAGCCCUUAGGGAUGUAGUGUUGAGACAGCAGAAGGUGUUGGUUUACUGCUUCUGUCAAAACAGAGGGAUACCACAGACUUGUCUUGGAAAUAAACAGAUACAGUAAGAGGUCAUAGGUUGGUAGAGGGGGAGCAGAAUGGGAAAAUCACAAAAGCAUAUUUUAGCCCUUGUACCAAAACCAGGAGGCAGCAUCCUUUAGCAAAACAAUUGCUAUUUAUAGUCAUUCCUGUAAAGUUGGUUUUGAAAAACAAAGUGUUUCUGUGAAUCAGUGGCUCAGUGCAUCCCCAUGGCCUCCUAAUCCACGAAACAAGACCUCAGCUUCACUUUUUCAACUCCUCUCACCUCCCCAAUUCCUGUGUUCCCCCUAUCCUGAGCUUGCUGCUCUGCUGCACCCCAGCAUACAAACCCCAUGCCUGCCUCUGGGAUCCAGAUCCUCCUCACCACUCCAGCUCUCCUCCCUGGGUGUCUUCCUGCUCCCCAGCCAGCGGCUGCUGCUGCGCACAGACCCCGACACGGUGCUCAGAGCAGAGGCGCCCCGGCCUCCCUCCCGGCACGAGCUGCAGUCCCCCGGCAAGCUGCACCCAGCACGGCAGCCGCUGAAGCAGGAGAGAGAGGCCGCAACCAACGUCCGUCCACUAACACGGGCAACUUUCUCCAGAACAUGCACUUCUGUGGGUGGGGGUGUCUGCAGUGCCCAGGGUCCUGUCCCCACGCACAGCAAGCAGGACUUCUCUUUGUUCUCAGUCCCCAAAGUUACUUUCAACCAUUCUCCUCCUGGCAAGAAACUCUCCUUUCGGCGUGGUCUCUUCCCAAGGCU